UUGUUGCUAGGAGGUGCUGUUGAAGCCCGGAAGAGAGUGACACGGUGAUGGUGGAGAUGAUGGGCAGCCACAGAUUGAGAGGAGAAGCAUAAUAGGCGCGUUUUGUAGCCGCACGUCGUUGUCUCCCCGCGACGUUUGUGCGCGUUUAACACUCGUCGUCGCGCGGAAGAAAAGGACAUACCACUUUUUUUCCCCUCUCCAUUGUGAAGCUGGCUGACGAGGCUACAUGGUGUGUGCCUCCCAGUCGGAGCGUGGAUGUGUGGGAGUCCAGAGAUGGAGAGCUAUGAGGAGUUCUGUCUGCGGAGUUUGGCCAUGCUGCAGGAGACCGGGGGAGUCAGGAAGAUGGCCUGCAAGCCGCUGUGGUCCCUGAAGGCUGGCUCUGUCAUCUGCUUCCAUGGAAGAGCUGUGCUUUCGCCUCUGCUAAGUGCAGAGCAGCGCAGCGAGAUGUGCAACUACAGACAGAGGGCAGUCCAGCUGGAGGCUAACAGGCAGAACUGGCAGAGGAGCAAGCUUCUGGCCCAGGUUCAGGACAUACUGGGCCAAGCUCAGGCACAUAAAGCACCAAGUGAAGAGGUUGAAAAGCUGCCAGUUUCUAAAUCUGCGUCAGUCAGUGGCUACACCCUGGUCACAGACUCUCCUGGACUUCCCAGAGACCCUGGAUUCGGGCUCCAGACAAACGAUCAGCCUGCCACUCCAUGCUCUGAGACGCCCAUGCUCAAUGGCUACAAGGCAGUGGAGGAAGUGACAGUGGAGAGGGAGAAGAGUGAGGAGGAAGAGGAGGAGGAAGAUAUUAGUUUGGACAGCCUCCUUAAGAGAUCCAGGGAGUAUGUGAAGAGAGAGCAGAGUCAGCAGGGGUCAAAAGUUGUCCACACAGUCACCAGGACUCCCCCACCAGAGACUGCCUCUGACAAGGAGAGCAAGAGCUGCAGUCCCAUGGGGGACACAGGCGUUGAGUUUGGAUUCAGUCUGCACCACAGCCCAGUUGGCCCACCGCAGACCCAAAUCCAGCAUCAAACUCUGUAUGACCCCAGUCCCCAACAUCCUGUCUGCCUUUCACCCAGUCUACCUGACCGGUAUGCCCGUCUGCCCAGCCCACAGUCCAGCAUUAGUCCCCGUCCACAGAGACGCAGACCACGGCCAGUUUCUACAGGGAAUAUUCAUAUUUCAUUUCCCAUCGGCCCAGCAGACCUUAUCCCUCGAAGUCCAGGACGGUCAGGGGAAGGUGCUGGCAUGGGAGACUGGGGAGAUGCUCUUUCAGGGGCCACAAAGUCCUCCGAUCACUGGGGCUCAGUGGGGAGUGAAGCUGGGGCCUGUGUUAGCAGGAGUGGCAGCCGUAGAUCUAGCCACUGUGGUAGCAGUCCAGGGCAGGAGACCUGUAGCCCCGUUAGUGCCUCAGGGCUUAGCCCGAAGGGACACCAUGACCAUGUGGCUGCAGGGUUUCGCCGGCGCUGCCACACUCUGGACAGCCAGCUGCAUAGCCACCAAUCUGGAGUUGAGCACAUAGACCGCAGCCAGGAAAGGGUUCCUCGCUUCAUGGCAGGAGUUACAUGGAUGGGUUCAAGUCGGCGCACCCCUGCACCCUCCUUAAACCAGUCGUAUGAGGUAGACAAUCCCUCACCAUCGCUGCUGAGACCUCGCAUUACUCCCGACUUAGCUCAGGUCACGGUCAGGAUGGAUCCUGAGGACAUUCAGGGGACAAACAAUGGAAGAAUCACACCAACUGUCUUUAGAAAUGCAGCUGAGGCACAGACCAGCGAGACACAGGAGACCCAGAGGCGAGCGCAGGCUCUGGAGGACAUGCAAAGGCGUCUGGAGGAGGAGCACGCCUUGCAGAUGUCGCUGCUCCUGGCCGAGCAGGAGAAAGAGCAACAUCGCCUCCGUCUGGAGCUCGAGGAGACAGAGAGAAGACUGAAGGAGCAGGGCUGUGUGCGGCCUUUGAGUGGGGACGCUUGUGGGUGGACUGUGAGUGACAGCUGUCCUGUUGUGAGCCCCUCCUGCCCGGGACUAAGCCCCGCACACACACCAUCUGAACGUUCACCUGGACACAGUAAAGGUUUUCCCUGUCCCGUGAGUUCCAGUGGGUCUUCUCCCUCCGUCCAGCCUCCUGUCUAUCUGUGGGGGCCCUCAUGGGUGGUUAGCAAACCCAGAGUGAGGCUGAGUCUGGUUCUGACAGCAGAUCAACAGAGAGCGUUCUGUCGAAUCGGCGCCAUCAUUCGCGGCUUCCUCACACGCAGGCUGCUCAAAACAGAGAAGGUCAAACAUCUGCGCCAGACCAUUGUGGAUACACAGGAGUUCAUCCAAUCCUUCCAGACUGAAGCUCCACAGAGGAGGGCCACCUACUCAGCACAAGACCGCUCCCUGCAGGAGAGAGUCAGAGCCCAGUUACGUGCAGCCCUGUAUGACAUCCAUGACAUCUUCUUUGAAAUACCUCUGGGGGAUCGAUUAGCAUUGCUGCAGCAGGACAGGGAGCUCCGGGCAGAGAGGAAGCUUCGAGACAUGGAGAAAGCCAAGUGCCCCAAGGAAAGGGUGGUUCUCUCUGCUGCCACACAAAGGUCACUGGACCGGAAAAAGAGGGUCGGCGAAUCACCAGCACAGGCUAGGAAGAUGCAACAGAAGCCAAAGAGCCCCACUACCACCAGAGUCCUGAAGCCAAGCCAAGGCCAAAAUUCUCCUGCCCCAGGCCAGCUGAACCGCCAGGGAUUAAUCACCUCUUAAAGUCAUCACAGUGUGACAGUGGCUGUUUCCUCUCAGGAGCUGGUACAGAAGAACCCCAGAGGAGAGAGUGAGACGUUCGGACAGCUUGAAGAAGCAGCACUCGCUGGGUUAACCGGUGACCCGACAUCCCCUGACAUGUGAACUUGAAUUUUUAGUCUUUGAAUACAAGCCUUGCACCACUGAGACUCCAGUCAUCGCUGCUACGAUUGUGUCUAAUCUACCUUGUCAAAUUAAAUUGAUUGUAUUCACUGUCACCCUUUAGCUCACUGAUACAAACUGUCACAAUACCAUCAUUUUGAACUGUUGCAGCUUGCUUAAAUAGUUUUUAGUAGCAACAACUGAUUGUUAUACACAAAGAUCACAUGUAGCUUAAUGUGGAGUUUUUAACUGAGGAGGUAGGUACAUUUUAAAUGAUUUUUGAAAGAGUAUCUGUUCUUAAAUGAAGGCUAAAAAAAGGUCAGAGUUUAGGGAAAAAAGUCACAUUUUUAUCUGUGCCUAAGAACUAUGCCUUUGCUAUCUGUAGUAUUUUAGCAUGCAUAUAUUUACCAUUUAUGGUCGUUAACAUCUAGUGCUUACAGCUGUGAGUGAAUUUACAAACAUCUGCUUCACGCUGACUGUCACAUAAUGUAGCUGCCAUAAAAAAAGAAACUGAGUAUUUAAGCGUAAUUCAAUAAGUUUAAGUUUUUUGUCCAAGGGCUUUAAGGACCUGUUUGUGCUUUAUUUCUUUAUUAAACGGUGCUGAGUUUACAGUACUCUGAGACAUUUCAGUGUGAUUCAACAUUUGGCUUGAGUCAAUGUCAAAUGGACAAAAAAAUUUAAAUGUGUAAGUUUACAGACAACACCACAAUGCUACACUGGCACUCUGUUACAUUAACUUCACAUAACAGAUGCACAACAGACACUCUGCUAGAAGACAAGAUACUGAUGUGAAUUGGCACUUGGUUCCACAUUCAUACUUCUGCCUCAGUAGUAUUCAGUGUUGAUGUUCGCAUUGCUAUGCUCUCUUUUAAAACAAUGUCUGUUUUUUUAAUUUAAAAUGCCAAAUGUUCUUGUUUUUUUAUGAGCAGAAUAAAUUCAGAAAUUAUUUGAA